AUGGGUCGUCGUUCGGUGAAUACUACAAAAAGUGGGAAGUUUAUGAAUCCAACAGAUCAAGCGAGAAAAGAAGCAAGAAAACGGGAAUUGAAGAAAAACAAAAAACAACGCAUGGCUGUGCGUCAUGCAGUGCUUAAAUCCAAAGACCCUCUACAAUUAUUAGAAGAAACGACUCUCUAUGAUAAACAAGAGUACGAUCCCAGUGUUCAAGCUCAACUCAGUGAAAGGGUCAUUCAGGAAAAACGCCGAAAGCUGUUGGAAACAUUCGACCGUCUUGUUAUGUUAUACAGGAAAGAAGAUGCAGAAUAUGCCAACCGGCUUCAAGCAGCUCGUCAAGACUACGACAAAAGACGGCAUGAGAUGAUGCUUUAUUACGAACAAGUAAAGUUAGCUGAAAGAGUAAAAGCUAGUGAAAUUCCGCUCCCAAAACUGCCGCAAUCACAGAUGGGUCUCAUAACGUCCGACAUACCAUUGCCUCCUGGAGGUUACGCUAAAGGUAUUCUGAAGAAGUCAUUAGGAGCUCCAGGGCUUCCACCUAGUAUACUUCCUGCAGGUCGUAAGCCGCCUGGACCACCUCUAGGAACACCUCCUAAAUUGUCAGAUAGCGAAGAAGAAGAUAAUUUUGCUGAUAAUACGACAAAGCAACGCAAAAUCCGGUUUGCUGAUGCAGACCCUAUGCCGGAGCAAGAACAACUAACUGGUGAUUCAUCUCUGCAUCUCGGCGAAAAAUUCACCGGUGGAUUUACAACUAUUACUCCUCCACUCUCUCAAAUCCCUUUACCGCCGCCCAUGGCUUUACCAUCCUUUACUGGCCUUAUUCGUCCAAGAUUUCCGGGAGCACCUCAGCCUACUCUAAGUCGUUUCACUUACCAACGCCCCACUGGGGCUAUAUUAUCAGCUCCACCUAGUUUGCACCUUCGUGAUCCACUUGAUAAUGCGGAACUUGUAAGUGGUCCAGCUGUAGCGAGCAUUCCAACAAAUCAACCAAAUCCAAGUGGAACUACUAUAGAAGCAAAGCCCCAAUUGAAAAAUUUAAUAGGUUACGCAACACGUUUUGUCCCUACAGCGCUUAAAGUACGCAGAAUUGUUCGUGAUACUAGUGGUCGUCUAGUCACGACAGGUGGAGGGACAGCUGCAUAUGGAACAGGAAAACAAUCGAAUGCUGUUUAUGAUCGUGUUGCCAAAUCUGAUACUACAGGAAUUAAUUCUGGAUCAGCGACUAGCAAAGAUGAUGCAUAUGAAGAGUUUAUGCGUGAAAUGGAAGGCCUUAUAUGA